AUGGAGUUUGGCCACAAGGGAGUGCUGUCCGAGGAUGGCAUCCACGUCGAUAUGGAGCACCUGAAGAAGGGGGAGGUCAAGAUAGGCGCCGAUUCGCGAACCACGACGGGCUCGUACAUUGCCAACCGAGUGACGGAUAAGCUGACCAGAGUACACGACACCAUCUGGUGCUGCCGAUCGGGCUCGGCGGCCGACACACAGGCUGUCGCGGAUAUUGUGCAGUACCAGCUGGGCAUGUUUGCGAUGCAGAGCGGCAAACCGCCGAUUACGCAAACCGCGGCGUCCAUUUUCCAAGAACUUUGUUACGCCAACAAGGACCGCCUAUCAGCGGGCCUGAUUAUUGCCGGCUGGGAUGAGCGGUUCGGCGGCCAAGUCUACUCGAUUCCGCUGGGCGGAUCGCUGCACAAGCAAGCAUAUGCGAUUGGCGGGUCCGGAUCAACGUAUAUCUACGGCUACUGCGACGCCAACUGGAAGGAAGGCAUGGAGGAGGCGGACGCGGUCAGCUUCGUCAAGGGAGCGCUGCGCGAGGCCAUCAAGUGGGACGGCAGCUCGGGCGGCGUGAUCCGCAUGGUGGUGCUGACGGCCAAAGGCGCGGACCGCCACCUGUACCUGCCCGACUCGGACUAUGCUGUUCUGGCUUAUGGCCAAGAAGCGUACAGUAUGUUGAGCGAUGCGAUGGGCGUGGAAAAAGGAGAGGACGGUGAAAAGUGA